UAUUCUUUAAUUCUUGAAAACUAUUCCCCCCAACUUCUCCCCUUAUCAUUUCUCUUCAUAAUAUAAUUCCUCUGUUUACAAGUUCAAAACAUACUAGCUUUAAGAGGGUAAUUAUUUAAGAUCUAUAGGAGAAAUCAAUAUGAAGAUCCAGUGUGAUGUGUGUGAGAAAGCUGCAGCUACUGUGAUUUGUUGUGCUGAUGAGGCAGCUUUGUGCACAAAAUGUGACAUUGAAGUGCAUGCAGCCAACAAAUUGGCUAGUAAACACCAAAGGCUUCUUCUUCACUCCCUCUCCAACAAACUUCCUCUUUGUGACAUUUGCCAAGUGAAAACAGCCUUCAUUUUCUGUUUUGAGGAUAGAGCUCUAUUUUGUAAUGAGUGCGACGAGCCAAUUCAUUCAGCAAGCAGCUUAUCUGCAAAGCACCAACGCUUCCUAGCCACUGGAAUUCGAGUAGGUUUAAGCUCAACCUGCAUUAAUAAUACUCUAAAAAGCCAAAUGGAGCGACAACCUCCCAAGCAGAAUGCUCAGCAGGUUUCCAUUAAAACAGCUCCGCAGGCUUUGUCAAAUAUCACAUCGCCAUCUUGGGCUGUUGAUGACCUAGUAGGAUUUUCAGAAUACGAGUCCAAUCACAAGAAGGAGCAACAACUUGAACUCGGCGAACUUGAGUGGUUGAGAGAAGUUGCUCUGUGUGGUGAACGACCGGUAGCUGAAGUACCUGAGCUGUGCAAUGGAUCUCCAUACAGGCCGACCAAGUUCUACUACACGCCUCAUAAAAAACCCAGAAUAGAAAUCCCAGAUGACGAUGAGUAUUCUACAGUUCCAGAUCUUGGUUGAACUCCAACACCAAGAAUUUAAUACUGUAUGUUACAACAUGUUAGCAUUGCUUUCACUAUGGAAUGUUUGUGAAAAUAUGUAAACGUGUCUGCGUGUAUUAAGGUUGUUUGGUUGUUGGUUAGAGUUAUGCAGGAAUUAGUUAUGCAUAGAUUAGUUAUGUAGGGUUUAAUUAUUCAUAUAUUAGUUAUUCUAUCUUCUACCUUGCAUAAAUAAUACAUAGAUUCCCUCAUA